AUGUGCUUGGACGACCGGCGAUGCAACACGAGAACCGACCUGGGUACCGAUAUCUUGUCCUCUCACAGAUACCUAGCCUCGACAGGGAAUCCUGCUCCUUCGCAUAUCUUGUCGACCGAGUCUGACUAUGUGCCAAAUUCCACGGAAAUGACGGAAAUUCCAAUUCCGGAGACUGAGUCAGUGCCUGUCCCUUGUAUCCCGUUAAAACGAUCUUUUGAUCAAAUGGAGUCGGCAAUGGAAGAUGCUUCGGAGUUUACUAGGCGACUGUCGCCCGACUCUUCAAUUCCAGGGCCGAUAAUUCGAGCGUUUGGAUUGCCGGGUAUACCGGAACUGCCAUUGCUGGACUCUGCGCUUGAGCCUGAUAUCAGUCAACGCAAAGAGUGUAUUCUUCCAUCGCCUGCAUUGGCCCCAAUUCCAGAGGAAAGCUCUGAGGAUAGUGAUGGCGAGGACCUAAACCCAUUGGUACCUGGGCCAAGUGCCUCAUCCACUCAAAUUGAAUCCUCGUCUUCAACGAGGGAUCUAUCAACACCGCGUUCCUUACCACCGGCUCCAAUGCACCCAGUAAUUAUGUCUGUCCCCGAAGUGGAUCACGAUAGUUUUGACCGCACUCCCUCAAUGCCAUCUCUAUCUGUGAACUCUUUAUCGCCAGACAACAAUGAUGACCCUUUAUCGCCAGAUGACGACGAUAAUGCAGAUACAUCAUCUGUAGCAUCAACAGCCGGCGAUUCAGACUCAGUCUUCGGUGAUGGACCAUCAGACAACACAUCCAGCUACACAGCCUCAUUGCUAUCCGACGUGAAAAACUACGCUUACGAAAAUGGAAGACGUUACCACUCAUACCGCGAAGGCCACUACGUCCUUCCCAACGACGAACCAGAACAAGAUCGACAAGAUCUCCUCCAUCACGUCCGGAACCUCGUGCUAAACGGCCGACUCUUCCGAGCCCCACUGGACACCCACAUCCAGCGCGCUCUCGAUAUCGGCACUGGCACCGGAAUCUGGGCUAUCGACUUCGCAGACAGCUUCCCCAGUGCCCAGGUAACAGGCACCGAUCUAAGUCCCAUCCAGCCAUCAUGGGUCCCACCAAACCUCCGCUUCGUAGUGGACGACGCUGAAUCGCAAUGGUUGUACAAUCCAAGUCAGCCCUUUGACUUCAUCCAUGCCCGGGAUCUCGGCGGUGCGAUCGCCGACUGGCCGCGGUUGAUGCGCCAGAGCUACGAGCAUCUGCGUCCCGGUGGAUGGAUUGAGUUGCAGGAGUUUGAAGUCAUGCUCAAGUCGGACGAUGAUUCAAUUCGUCUUGCGCCGGCUUUGUGCGAGUUUCUUGAACGACUGACUCAGGCUAGUGAGGCGUUUCACCGACCUAUGAAUAUCGCCGAAGGUCACCGGCAGCGGCUGGUUGAGGCUGGUUUUGAAGAUGUGAGAGAUGAGGUGUACAAGGUUCCGUCGAGUGUUUGGGCUAGGGAUCCCGUGCAAAAGGAAAUUGGUCGGUACAACCAAUGUUCCCUUCUUAUGGCGGUUGAAUCCUAUUCACUGGCUCUUUUCACUCGUGUGUUGGGAUGGUCGAAUGAUGAUACUCAGAUUUUCUUGGCGGGGGUGCGCAGAGAUAUCAAAAAUCCCGCGGUGCAUACGUACUGCAAGCUACAUGUUGUUUACGGUCGGAAGCCGUCUCAGUACUAG